CCAUAUUAGUUUGUUGGUGGCUGCCAACGUUACCAGACGUGCAUGCAGCCAGGAGGAUCUAGGAGGAACCCUCUAAUACCAUCACAACGCCACCUUGUCCACCUCUUCUCAGCUGGCCUAAUAACAAAACAAACAAACAAUCAAUGUACUUUUAAUUCCUUAAAGAAAAAAAACAAAAGAAAAGCCAAUAUACCCAAAAACUUAAAAACGUGCACAUAUACAUAUAUAACUAUACAUAUAUAUCUAUACAUAUAUAUCUAUACAUAUACAACAUAUUAUUAUUAUUAUAUAUUACAUGAUUUUUCAUUAUAUAUUUGGAUAUUUCUAUUUAUCUUCACUGGAAUUUUUUGAUGACUUCACCUGUUUUCUGUGACUUCAAUGGAAUUUGUUAAAUAAUUUAUAUAAUUUACAAUUAUUAUCAAUAUUUACAGUAUAAUAAUAACAACAACAGCAUCAAAUUAUAUCAGAUUUAGUGUGGAGAUCUCCCAGAACCUGAAAUCGGAAUUAUACACACAUGCACACAUAGAUAUACUUAGAGUCAUUCCAGAUUGCUCCCUCUACAUGUAUAUCUAUACUUUAAUAUUCAACUCAGUUUAGUCCUUAUCCUGAUGUUUCGAUUUUAGAUUUUACCUUUUAAAUCUAUUUGUUAAAUAUAAGGACUGAACUGUGAGUGUAGAGGGAUAAUUUUUUUUUCAAUUGAUAUUCGUUACUCCUUGUUCAUUAUAAACUUUUAAUCAAACAAAAUUUGGAACUGGCUGUAUCAAGUACAUCAUAUUUUGUAAGGUGUUUGACAUUUUCCCCUGUUGUCAUUUAACCAUAUCUACUUCACACUUGCUCCUCUGCAGCCUGUUUGGCUCGUUGUUAAACUAUUUAUUCUUUCUUUAUCUCCUUUAAGCCUAUUAUUCUCCACUUUCUAGGAAUAUGACAACAAAAACAACUACAAUCCUACCCACAAACAAAUUCAGUGAAAAUAUUAACAAGUGACUUAGUUCUGUAAAGCUAUUCUCAGUAUUUCAUUUCCACCUACAAAUUUUAUCUAUUCUUUAUUCUAUUUUACCACUCACCUAUAUUUCUUUCUUUUGCUGUUUUUCAAAGAAAUAACCUAAAUUAUCUUUCUUUGAACUGAAACUUACGUUUGUAUAUUUUUAUCACUUCCUUCUCACUUUCAAUACUGUAAGAAAGACAGCAUCAAACAAACUUUUGUGAAAUUUUCAAAUUAUCAGAAAAUGUAAAUGUAGCUUGCCAAAAUAGAGCCAGUGACUGUUUAUAAGUGAAAGGAGAUAGACUCUUUAUAUAUAUAUAUAUAUAUGUGUGUGUGUGUGUUGUAUAUAUAAAUAUCUUGUGAUAAUUGAGAAAAUAACUGGAAUAUAUUGGAUAUAAUCAAUGUUGAAAACAUAACGUUUGAAACCGUGUAUGUUGUGUUGGAGAGAAUAAGAGCAUAAUUGAUACCCAGGUUCGAACUCCUGUACAUUGUGUUCAAGAGAUUCUUACUAUUAAAGAACAUUCCAUUUACAAUUGUUACUGAAAUCUGUAUCAAUUCACCAAUUUAAUCUAACUGGACAUUGUUGAAGUCACCACAUUUUCACUUUACCUUUCAUCACCCUUGCUCCUCCUGAGAAGUGGUAAACAUCUUGUGGUAACAGGCAGCUCCCUCUAGAGCUGACGUACAGAUCCUUAAAACUGUAACUAUAUUUCCAAACAGAAAGUGGAAAUCUCCAGAAGAAUCCAGAAUAAAUUGAAAGUGGGUAUAAAUUUCUGCUAGAAGAGGAAGUUUCAAUGUGCAAUUGGCAAUGUGGCUAUACCUUGGUCCUUCUCCUAGAUGUCAUCCCAAGUACUUUUCAGUAUUCAUCAGUGGUCUGCUAAUUGUUAAUUUGGUCAGCUCCUACCUGGCUUACACUCUGUACUCUUUAGUGGCAGUGAUCUCUAGCAAGCAAGAUGCUGAAGAUUAUACUGAGCACAGACAAACCCUCGAGGAAAAUCCAGCUCCUCCGAAAUUGGGGCCGGGAGAAAUUGCCCUUUCGUCGAUCAGGAAUGACAACCACUGUGAUAGAGCAAUGUACCACAAUUGGUACUCUCUGUACCACCACCAUCAGUACCAUCUACACUACGGUGAGUGAUACUACAGAACAUUCUUCAGUAUUUGAAGAAACCAGUCCCCAUUAUAUUGGUCAGGUUGAUGGGGACAACCCAAUCAGUAGUAGUGGUAGUGCUACUACUACCUCCAGUGUACUUACAUCAUGGUCAGGGCCCCAUACAGUGAUAGUGCCCCGCACAGAGGCUGGUUUUGGAUUUACAUUACGUCACUUCAUAGUCUACCCUCCAGAAUCUUCCACCAUUUCUCAAACUCAGGAUGGAGCAAGCAUAGCAGAUGAAAAUGAUCCGGAAGUACGACGACACAAACGCACCAAGCUUAGUGACUUGGAGCCGAUGGACACUAUUUUUGUGAAGCAUGUGAAAGAAGACAGUCCUGCAGAACUUGCUGGUUUAAAUACUGGAGACAGAAUUGUCUCCGUCAACGGAGAGCCUGUUACAGGAAAAACUUACUCUCAAGUUAUCUCUCUCAUACAGUCCAGUGAUUCAUCGCUCAAGUUACUUGUUGUCCCUAAAAAUGAAGAUAUCCUGCAGAUGGCAUAUAAGAAUACUGCUUAUAACCAAACAUCAGCAGAUACGUUUAUAAGCAGUCACUCCACCUCAACUCCUGUUAUAAGUGUGAAACCCGCCGUUCAUUCACAGUCUGCUCUGAAGGAAACAACUGUUUAUCUCCCUGAUCGUGUCAAAGAAAGAAAAGUUUCCUUUACAUUUGGAGAGAAUCAACAUUCUGAUCCUAUUUUCUCAACAACGACCAUCAAGGAAAUCAAUCCAUCUCCACUAGUGACGUCAACAUCUUUCUCAUCAGGAAUUAGCCUCCAGAGGGAGCCACUUGUACCUGAUAACAUGAAUAAAGCUGCAUUUUUGGAUCGGAAGCGGGAGUUUGAGCAACGUGCUGCUCAAACUUCCGAUCAAAAAAUCGAUUCAUACUCUUUUGGGUUGUAUUUUCCACCAAAGAAAGAUCAGCAAAAAUCUAAUAGUAUUGAUAAUAUCUAUAUGUCAAGCAGUGGCAGCAACAGUCGCAGGCGAACAUCUCGUGAAAAUGUGUUGCAAUCACGGGAAUCAUUUGAGAAUGUCAGUCGGUCUGAGUCCUAUUUCCAAAGCCCAUUGUACAAUGCCAAGGAUUCACGGCAGACCUUCUCAACUACAUUACGUACCAUCUCUUCUGAGAACAAAAUGUUACCUCGUUCUCAGACCACUUCAUCUUUAUCCUCCUUUGCAAAUACUUUCUCACCUGGGCUGUCUGCAAAGACUGAUUUUCUUACUAAUGACCACAGUUCAACUGUGGAAGCUAGCAAAGCUACUACGACCCACAGUACCCCAAUACAUUCAGCAGUGGCUUCAGUGGUACAUCCUCCUUUACAAAUAUCUCCUCUGAACCGACCUAACUCUCAUUCUAUUUAUCAGUCUUCAAACAGUUCUAAUGGUGUUUUUAAUCGCUCCCUCAAUUCUCGAGAAGAACCCAGCCCACAGUCCCGCCAUGUCAUCUACAAGACAAUGGGUGGGACACCAGUUUUAAAUAAAACAUCCCUUAAUGCUCCUUCCACUGCCCCUGUGCUUCCAGUUUCAUAUAACCAAAGACCUGUUCUUAUUCAGCGUAAAUCACAGAUGGAGUUUACCCCUUGUGCAGUUGGUAGCAGUAGUAGUAACAAUAUUACUACCACCACUAACACCCUUAAUAACCAGAACAGCAUUGGUGUUACACCAGUGCGGACUAUCUGUGUGGUCUCCUCCAAAAGAGACACACAGUCUCCAUCUUCUGUGCCUCUUUCACCUUCCAACAGGUAUAAAACUGAAAUAGAAAAAAUUACUUCUAGGACUAAAUUUGAAAGUGUUGCUACUCGAGCUGCCCAGUUUGAAAGCAAACCCAGUGAAGUGAGUUUGCCCUCACCUGUAAUCCCAUUGAACUAUAAACAACACCGCACCACAGAGAGACUGCUAUCACAGGAUAAUUAUAAAACCUACACCUGUACACCAGUACAGUCACCUGCUGAACGAACAACCACCUAUAAAGCAGCACUGACCAAAAGUUUAAGUACUCCCGUGUCCCCAAACCAGGACACAACACCUGUUCAAUUAGAGAAGAAGUUAUUGGAUACAUAUUCACGCUAUGAUUCCACACCAAGCAUGAACAAUUGCUCUUCAGAGUGUUACGUCACAGAUGGUCCCUGUAUCACCCGAUCAGAAGGAAAGGAUUUUAAACCUACCACAAAACCAUCCUAUAUCACCAGUAUUAAUGCAACUGUGAAUAAUUCAACCUGGAGGCCAUCACCUAAGACAUUAAUAUUUAAGCGAAUUAAAUCAACUGACAGCACUUUGCUCAACAUGUCCAGUUGUGCAGAAAACAAAGAGAGUUUCUUCUCACAUAGCACCUUUGAGUCAGACCAAGUCACUCUACGUAAGAAGACUGAAGAUUUGUCCCCGGAACAAGAUGCUGUCAAGUUACAGAGACGUACCUCCUAUCUUAUGGCCACCGCUAAAGAACGUUCAGAUCUCAACACACCGUUGCAGUCCAUCAACAAAUUCAAUUCCAUCACUCCAGAUAAACUAUCCUUACCUAUUUAUGACAGUUCCUCACAAACAGUUCAGUCCAAGAAAUUAAAGUCUUCCAUUCUAAUUGAGGAAAAAACUAAUUCCUCAAUAGCAGAAGAACCAAGCAGAAGUGACUUCACCCCAUCGCAAUCGUCUAGUCCACCGAAAGAAGCAAAGAAAGAAGGAUGUUUAUCCUGCAAGAAUGCCAUCAUUGAUGGAAAGAGGUCUAGUGAUCGCUCCUGGAAACCAUGUUUGGUGCUGCUGAAAGGCCAAGAACUCUAUCUCAGUGACAAACGCAAGGACAAUAAUUCAGUUAACUCUGAGUUUGAUCAGCCUGUGUCUAUAAAGUCUUCUUCAGUGGAUGUGGCCACAGAUUAUACCAAGAAGAAGAAUGUAUUUCGUCUGACCACCAACAAUCAUACGUCAGAGUUUCUCUUUCAGGCUGAGGACUAUGAAACAAUGUGGUCCUGGAUUCAGGCCCUCAGAUCCUCUAGUGAUAGUGAAAUAGAUUAUGAAACAACACCCACCUCUGUACCUAACGUAAAAAGCUCCCCACAGAUGCCAGUGAAAAGUUCAAAGAAAUUGCAAGUGCUGUCUUUUCGACAUAAAAUGACACAUUCCCCAAGUACUCGCCGACGAAAAACUAAUGAAGAUGGUACAAAGUCAAAGAGUUGGAAAGAAAAGAUUCGUUUUAAAAACAAGGGAAAUAGCCAACCACCGGCCCCUGAAGAAGCAACUGGUUCUUUUGGAGUCCAUCUCGAGCUGUGUACCCCUUCUCCCUAUAAGGAAUCUAUCCCCUUCGUUAUUGAUCUCUGCACCAGUAUUGUUGAAACACGAGGACUGAAGGUUAUUGGUGUUUACAGAAUUCCUGGCAACAAGUUGGUUAUUUCUAACAUGCAAGAGGAAUUCAACAAGGGUCUAGAAUACAUCAACCAAGAAAACGAAAAAUGGCAAGAUGUGAAUGUAAUCAGUAGUUUGUUAAAGUCUUUCUUCCAGAAACUUCCAGAACCAUUAGUUACCAAUGAGUUAUACCAGAGCUUUAUCACUGCUAACCAGAUAGAAAAUCCACAGAAAAGGAUGCUGACAUUGAAGAAGGUUAUUCAUCAGUUGCCAGAUGUCCACUUUGAAACAUUUCGUCAUUUGGCGCUUCAUUUACGCAAAGUAGCUGACCACAGCUAUAUCAACAAGAUGUGUGCCCGAAACCUGGCCAUAGUUCUUGGUCCAACUUUAGUGCGCCGCCAUGAUGAAGACGUACAAGCAAUGGCCAUUGACAUGUCUCAUCAAUGUCGUAUUAUUGAAAGUGUCAUUCUUCAUCCCGAUUGGUUCUUCAGUUCAUGGGAUGUCGACAAUCAUGUUCCUGUGGAUGAGAAUGGAGCUGCUGAGGUUCCUACAGGAACGGUCAGUCCUAUGGCACAAGCAUCCACUCCUGAUGAUGAUCUUGAUGAAUCUGAAGAAACAAAUCCGUUGGAAAUAGUUGCUGAUAUGAUUGCUGCUGCCAAGAAUAAGAAUCGUAUCAAGAAAACCAAAGGUCUUGAUGAAACAGAUUCAACACCACCUGGUCCCAAAUAUGAAGAACGCAAUAUUGAUGCAGAGAUUGCUAAAUUUCAUUCUAACAAAGCUCUGGCUAACUCAAUGGAACUACAGUCUGAUGGUUCUCAAAGCCAACUGGAUACUAUUUCUUACAGUAGUCGUCUCACCAGUGAACAUAAGGCAUCUGUGUCUUCCUUGUCUAUAGGCUUCGAUGAUUACACUGAUUCUGAAGUGUUCUCCAAGUCUUCAAACCCUCAUCUUGCUCGUCAGUUCUCAGACGAAUCCCUAUUGGAGAAAAGUGAUGAACUGGAAUUCUCAUAUGGUCUCCAGAAAACUUUCAGCCACAGCCUCGAAUCAAAUCUUCAGAGUAAACAGGAAUUUCUCAAGAAAGUUCAGGAACAACAUAAAAGAGAAUGUGAAGUGAGAGAAAAAGAGUCAAAGAAAUUUGACCAGGAAUAUCUGCGUACUAAGCAUGAGAUGGAGUUGGAAGAUAAACAUAGUCUUGAAGAAUUAUUAAAUCCAAGAAAGAUAUGGUACUCUACUAACUACCCUUACAAUGCUGUGUAUGCCAAGCCUUAUGAUUCAUUAGACUCUUAUCAAUUACAGGGCAAGAGCUGGUCAACUUCUAAAGCAAUUGAACCAGUUAGUGGUGGAAAGUAUUUUGUUAGUGUUGGAAACAGCAAGAUCUCUGACAGAACAUCAUACCUCAAUACAGGAUUUGAUAAUGCAAAGAGGUCAAAUUCUCUUGAGACAAUUAUUGACACGGGUCAAGUUUGGCCAUCUCCAUUGUCAAUAGUUGCUCGUAAGACACAAGACAGAGAGCUAAGUCCACAAAAUGAUUCUGACUUGGGCCUUACACGGAGAAAUAGCUUACGGAGAGGUUCUCUAGAUUCAAUGAUAGACUUUUAUGAUAAGAAAGAGAAUCGUUUGUCCUGGGCUUCAACUGAUUCUGAAGAUGGUUCUGACCUAUUAACAAGCUUAACCUCAACGUUUGAUCAGAAACUGCAGAUCCUAUUAAAUCCUAAAUAUAAAUUAAAUGGUAGUUCCAGACCACGGCCUCCAUCUAACAUAGGUGUGUCACCGUAUUCAGCUAUGAAAAACAAUGAAAUUGUCCCUUCGAACAGCAAUGUUUAUGACUGUACCAGUGAGAGUCUUGAGUUGGCCCAGGCCGAGAGUACACGUAUGUUGAACCUUGGUUUGGCAUAUAGUAGACAGGCAAAAAAGAAUACAGAUGUCUUUGAUAGUUUCCGUGACCCCAGUUUACAUCGUUCUCAGAAACCAGAGACAAAAAUAGGUAUUGCUUCUCGUUUCACACGCAGUAACUCCAGUCCGACUGCACAUGUUUUGGGUGAGCGGGCAAUAAUAACGCAUGGUGCUGCACCAAUAGCUGCCAGUCAUUUAGCAUCAUCUUCGGAACUGGUCCAACGACGUAGCAAUGGUGGUGGACUUUGUACUGAGUAUAUAGACUCUAAACUUUCUAAUUUAGGUAAAAUAUAUUCUUUGUCCCCUUCAGCAAGUUCUUCACCUCCAAAAGAUUGCCAUUCAAAAAAAAACUUAAAGUCAUCUUGUAACAAAAAUAACUGUUUCAAUGGUGGCUACAGAUCUGAAAAUACACGAAAAAACUUUAGAGAUUCCGCUAGUGGUCAACAGUUGUGGACACCACGGUCUACAGUAAUGGCCAAAGUGAACACAGCUGCGAAACCUCGAUCCAAUUCCCCACCCCCUUUAGCGAGGAGGAAAGUACGAGGCAAGCGACGACACACGGUUGGGGGUAGUGAACAUUAUAACGCACUGGUAUUGCUAUUACAGCGCAAGGAUGACCCCAGUCGUGCUAUUUUAAAAGAAGCAUUUCAACCCACCCCUAAAAUCAAAGAGGUUCAUGACUAUUCUCCACUGGCCUGGUUACAGGCCUACAGUCUUCAGACCGGUUCAUCAGAUUCGUCUUUCUCUGCUCAACCAGCUAUUGAGCAAACUUUAAGGAAAUAAGGCUGGCAUUGUAAUUAUAAAGUGAACCAUUAUGAGCCAGCAGAAGACUCUGUCCCCACCCACCCUUAUAUGCAUACAGAGUGCAUUGAUGACUAUUAAUGGGCAAGUUGUCCUUUUUUAAUUUAAAAAUACAAAUUUCUACUCUUCAAAUGAGUAAAUAAUUAUAUACAUACAUACACAAGCAUCCACACAUAUUUUACAUACCUACAAAAGUGUAUAUAUCCUGCACUGAUUCAUCCCAUUCCCAUAUAUAUACAUUAAUAGCCCUAAAAUAAUUGAGAAAGGUAUAUAUAUAUUUGUUCCUUUGAAAAAAUAUUUCAGAGCCCUUUCCAUGUCUCCCCCACUUCCACGAGAAAACUCCAAAAACCUACGCAUGUAUAAAACCAAUUUUGGGGCUGAUGACUUUUUAUAGAACUAAAAAGAAAAACAAAAAGAAAAAAAGCAGAUGGGUCUCUGUCAAUGGGAGUUUGUGAGAUUGUCAGGAGAGCAUGAAUGGGAAGAAAAUAUUGUAUAUUUCUGAAACAUUUCUGCCAACAAAGCAAACCAAAAAAAAAAAUGCAAUAUAAUAAUAAUAAUUAUAAUAAUAAUA